AUAUUUUUGAAUUUAUGAGCUUAAAAAGUGAGCCAGUGAACCGAACCACUUACACUUGCUUGCAUCCCUGUCCAUUACACACAUACACACUUUAUCACACAUACGCGAAGUGUAAACACAAGAAAAGCUGAGAAUUUCUUGCAUUUAUUUGUUUGAAUCGCGCUAAGUGGACACAACCAUGACAGACCUCAGCAUCAGUGGCCAGCAGGUGCUGCCCCCGCCCGCAUGCACACCACCGGAACCCUUCCGCAUCACAACGAACGCCCCGCACCAGAUGAACGAUGCCAGUUUGACGCCAGGACGCAGGAAGCUCCAGAAGUGGCUGGGUCGAGUCCUGCGCAUCGUGAUCACGGACGGACGCGUGCUGGUGGGAUUCUUCAACUGCACGGAUCGGGACGCCAACAUAGUGCUCUCCAUGUGCGCCGAGUACUUGGUGGAGGGCCAGGAGCCGCGGCUGCUGGGCAACGUCAUGGUUCCCGGCCAGCACAUAGUCUCCCUAAGCAUCGACGAGCCGGAUUCGCAGUCCAGCCUGCUGGUGCAAUAGUGCUCUUCAUAAUGCUCUACAAUAUGUGUUUUCAAUAAAAUAAACUGGCAUGGGCCGCUAUUUUAAAUCGAA